AUGACGAAAAAGAAGAGGCUCCAGGUUGACAAAUGGUCGGGAAAUAGAAAGGAACUGGCUACUGUUCGCACUAUCUGUAGUCAUGUACAGAACAUGAUCAAAGGUGUUACACUGGGCUUCCGUUAUAAGAUGAGGUCUGUGUAUGCUCACUUCCCUAUCAACGUUGUUAUUCAGGAGAAUGGGUCUCUUGUUGAAAUCCGAAAUUUCUUGGGCAAAAAAUACAUUCGCGGGGUUCGGAUGAGACAAGGUGUUGCUUGUUCAGUAUCUCAAGCCCAGAAAGAUGAGUUGAUUCUUGAAGGAAACGACAUUGAACUUGUAUCAAAUUCAGCUGCUUUGAUUCAGCAAGCCACGACAGUUAAAAACAAGGAUAUUAGGAAAUUUUUGGAUGGUAUCUAUGUUUCUGAAAAAGGAACAGUUCAUGAUGAAUAA